AAAACAGAAGCUGUUUUUCCAAUUCACGUGCAGAAGAGCCCUGCCCAAAGCCAAGCUAGAGUUUGUUAUCAUUUUGUAUUACCGGCUGGGUGUUGUUAUUGUUGUCAAGUUGUAUCAUAAAUUGGAUUUCUAAGCGGAAGUAGAUUCAUAAUGCUGUUUAGCUCUACGCUAUUAAAACAAGGACUGCAAACAUGGAGAACCAACUGGUGCCGAACGUUUUUUGGUAGAAGGAAAACACCCGACCUUGGAACGUGUAAUAUCAUCACAGAAGUUGGAAACGUUUCCCCGGAAAGAGCGGUCCCAGAGCACAUCGUCAAACCGCCUUACUAUUAUGUGCGCAAUUCACCCAGCACCGGCGAAGGGCAGCCAGAAAUUAAGACACGCGAACAGAUCACCGGUAUGCGAGAAAGCUGCCGAUUGGCCGCAACCAUAUUGAACAGUGCUUGCUCGUUUGCUAAGGCUGGAGUGACUACAGACGAAAUAGACGGCUUUGUGCACGAAGAAACGAUCAAAGCGAACGCAUAUCCUUCCCCCUUGCGGUACUUGGGCUUUCCCAAAUCCGUGUGCACCUCCGUGAACAACGUGGCCUGCCACGGCAUUCCGGACGAUCGGAAGCUGCUUGAUGGAGACAUCGUCAACAUCGAUAUUACGGUGUUUUUCAACGGCUACCACGGUGACUGUUCGCGAAUGGUGCUGGUAGGCAAUGUAGACGAGCGGGGAAAAUAUCUGGUGGAAUGCACCGAACAAUGCUUGGCGGAAGCGAUUCUUUGCUGUGGUCCUGGGCAACCAAUAUGCGUGAUUGGCAAAUCGAUCGACAAAUACGCCAAACGCAAAAAGUUGUCGGUAAUGCCAGCUUUUGCUGGCCAUGGGAUCGGUAGCUAUUUCCAUGGGCCGCCUAACAUUCUACAUUUCGACAAUGAUUUUCCAGGCGUAAUGAUUCCCGGCAUGACGUUCACCAUUGAGCCUGUGCUGUCGCUGGGCACGUGUGAGGCCGAAAUUCUGGAGGACGCGUGGACCGCCGUGUCCACCGAUAAUGCACGCAGUGCCCAGUUUGAACACACAGUUCUCAUAACGGAUGAAGGCUGUGAAGUGCUAACGGUAGCGAGUUGAUGAGAAAGAGCUGAAUAAAAAGUGAGAUUGUUGCAAAUGGUUAA